AUGUUAUUAAUGGGGUGGUUUGGUACAUUUUUUAAUUUUCUUUUUUUAAGAGACAACAGUGACAGAAUGCAGCGAUCCCAUAAAAUCCACAAUUGUCAUUUUCUGAUGUAAGUUUAAGAAUAGGCGAAAAUUUUGAGAAAAAGAAUGUCGAAGUUUCAGGCUUCCAAACAAGAAAAUGUUUCGUUUGGACAGGACAUUCGAAGAGAUCAACAACUUUUCACGGAACGGGUCAGUCAAGUUAGUUUAUUUUGAGGUUUGGGGGGGGGGAGGAACAAAACUAACAGGUGAGAUUUGAGCUUCAUUGAAAAAUAUUGGGUAAAGUUUUUUAUUCAUAAUUACUAUUAAUGUUAGAGGAUAGUUGUUUAAAAAUUGUUUGAAAAAUAGACUAGUUUAAGAAAUACUGAUUUCUGAAACUGUUUGUUCUUCAAAAAUGUUUUUUUAUUGAAAAUGUAUUCUAAACAUUGAGUUUUCCAAACUCAACUUAAAAUUCUGAAUAAAAUGAGUUGCCAAUUAUUUGUAUUUUCCCAAAACAUCUCAUGUUUUUCCCAAUUUUCUCUUCUCACACCAAAACUUCCUUCGACCGGAAAUUUUAGGCUCGUCAGAACACACAAGUUGUAUACAUCAUUAGCCCAGAUUUUUUUUUUCCAAAAAAAAUAUGGAAGAUGCCCGGAAAAAUCAAUAAUUCUUCCUUUAUGAUCAAUUUUAUUUCAUUUUCAUUUUCCCCAAAUUUAAUCAAAGAAAAUGUGUGCGUGUGGGGGAAAUUUUUCUCCAGGAAAACCAAAACUUUUAGCGAAAUUCGAUGCUUUUUCCAUUUUUUUGCUUCAAAAGUUGUGGAUUUUUUGAGGGAUUUGCGCUGCCCUAAUUUAUUCAUAUCCACAAUUUGCAUUUUUCUUACUUUUUUCUAGCUCAGGCUUAGGCUAUUUAUCAUUGUGGUCUUGAGAAAAUAUUUAUUUAUUAUGUAUAUAUUUUUCCAUAUUUUCUUGGCUUUCUUCCAAGCUUAUUUUUCUCUGAUCUGUUCCAGCUAUAUUUUUUCUUCGGAAUUUGAAGAAUUCAAGAAAACAAAAUUUUUCUAUAAAGUUGGGUGUUACUGUAGAUCAAGAUUUAUCGCGAAAAAAAUUUCAAAUACUCAUCGGUGGGUUACUGUAGGUUUAGUAAUAUUCCGGAAAUUUUAGCACAUCAUAACUUCGUUCUGAUAGGAGUUCUCACUCUAGAAAUCUAAUAAACCUGAACUAAAACCUGAUUGCAGGAAUUUCCUAAAAUAUCUAUCGCUUCAUCAAAUUAUUGAAAGUUUAUCGAUGAACGCAACUUAGCCUAACUAAAAAUAAUAAGAAAUUCAAUAUAGGACAAAUCUGCGUCUCUUCAUCCAUCCCAAUUUGUUGCUCAUUUCACUGUGUUUUUUCUCUUCGUCUCUUUUUCUUUCUCCCUGUUUUUACAUCGAUUUCUUCCCCCUUUUUUCCUCGCAUUCAGCUGAAUUCGGAAUUUAUUUGAGGAGAGCACGCCUUCUUCUAUUUUUUUUGUGCAUACUUUUUUUCCGUUUUUCUUUUGUUGUUUUUUUCAGUUCUUCUUGAAGAAAAGACGACAAUGAGUUCUUUUUUUGUGUGUUUCUUUUGACAUUUUUUCGGAGAUGUUUUUUUUCGUCUGGAAUGAGUUUUUUAUUGAUAUUUUUGGAGCGAAAACUUUAGAAGGAAAUUAAGAAAAAUUCAGAAUUUUAAUUAAAACGGGAUAAUUCAGGAAAAUAUUUUGAUGGGAUGAAAUCGAGAACUUUCAAUAUUUUUCAGACUUUUUUAUAUUUGAAAAGUUUCGAAAAUUUGAAACUUUUGUUUGAAAAUUUUUCAUUAAAAAUUUCUUCCACUGUUUUUUUCCAUGCAUGAAAAAAUUCCAUUGUUGAAAAAUGAUACAUCUUUGUUCAACAUAUUUUUUUCAAAAAAUUGUUUGAAAAAAAAAACAAAAAAAUUGAUAGUUCCUCGAAAAAUUUUCAUAUGCAAAUUUAUUCCAAAGAAACUUUUUUUUGCUUGCAAACUUUUCUCCAGCCGAAACAAAGUAUCCAAAAAAUCCUCCGAAAAUUCCCAAAAGAGUCAUCAAUCCAAAACAUUUCGAGAACCCUCGACAAAAAUUAAAUUCCCUUCCAAAAUUUCCCAAUUAGGCUAGCAUUUCAACAUCUGUCGCCCGAAAUUUCGAAAUGUUCUCAGUUUUUAUUUUUUAUUUUUCCAUCGAAAAAUUUCACACUGCUAAACUAAAAUAAAUAGAAAAUACCAAUUAUUUCCUAUAUAUUUGUACACAUCUCAAUUUUUCAAUUUUGUUUUUCAUAUUUUUCAGUAAACAACAUGGGACAACAAAAUUCGGGUUUUGUUGUGGAAAUAGCCAGCCCUCGUCUUGGUCGAUUUCAAGUUAGUUUUUCUUUUUUCAAUUUCCUUUAAAAUCUUGUUAAUUAACUAUAGCUAACAAAGUUAAUUAAGUUCUCGGCGAGUUGAUAAAAAGCUGUAUAAAGCUCGGGAGCUCAUGUGGAGCCGAGAAAAUGAGCUCUAAAAUCUAGCAAGUUCGUGUCCACGUUGCGACUUGAAUUUUUACUUUUUGGAGCUUAAACUGAUUUGUUCUAAUUUUUUCACUAAUAACAAAAAAAACCAUUUUCAGGCAGUACCUCAAAAGGAUCCGGAUGAAAGUAAUCAGGAGUGGCGAAUUACUGUAAAUCCAGCUGCGGAACUUGUUGGAUCUCCAAGGCUGAAAGCAUUGAUUGAUCGAUUAUAUCAUCAUCAGAAGCUUUGGACGAUUUAUGAUGCUAAGCAGGUGGGAUUAGCAUUUUGAGGGAAGGGGCUUAAAAUUGUACAUGUGUUUUAGAGACUGAAACAUCAAUUUUUUAAAAAUUGGACAAGAGAAAGAUUGAAUAGAACUUUUUAAAAAUGGCACUAUUACUUAACAUGAGCAAUUCUAGUUUUUUUUCCAGAUUCAAUCAGCCCUGCAAUGCAUGGAUCCAACUUCCGAACUUCUCCUUCCUCUUCUCACCGUUCUAUCAAACGCCACUGCUUUCCCAGGAAAUCAAAUAAUUAUGCGAGAAUUUCGAAUAACUCAUCGAGUCGUUGAUAUGUUACCCGAAUCCAAACAUUGGCCCCGAAGUAAACGUGUCAUUUUAUUGCAAUGUAUUGCAAAUAUGGCAGUUUCUAGUGAAAGUCGAGAGGUUAUUCAUGGAGCGAUUGCUCAUAUUAUACCGAGAUUAGCGUCGGAUGAUGAGAUGGAAGUUGUAGUAACUAUGCAGGCGUUGACAAAUUUAUCUAUUGUUAUUAAUAAAGAUGAUGUGAGUUUUUAGAGUUCAAGUUUCACUCUUUUCACAUUUUACAUAGUUUCCGGGAUCAUGUUUCCGGUCUCUCAAAGCAAAACAUUUUGUUUUUUAGACUCAAAGUAGUUAUGACGUGGCAAAUUGGUGCCGGAGGCGAAAAAAUAGAUGUUUUUAUGAGAAAGUUUAUUUUUUUCUGGUGAAGAAGUGUUCUUAAAAGUAGAUUUCUGUUGUGUUUUAGUCAAGCUCCUUUUUAAUAAAAAAUUUCAGAAAUUGGACUUCCAAGUUUAUCAACCCAAUAAAAUGAAACUUUUUUUUCCAGAUUCCAAAAUUUGUCCCAGUCAUUCCGCACUGCCUGAACCGCCUGUGGGUCCGCGGUGAAGUUAACCUAAACGCUCUUCGUCUUCUCGUCAAUAUUUCCUGCUGCCCAGACAUGGUCCCAUUCAUGCUCGGCAACAAAUCCGUGUCAGGUUUGCUUCGAAUUCUAGAUACCGAUAGAGAAGAAGUUCUGACUCGCGCUGUCACGUGGAUUCUGUGCACAACAUCUGCUGUUGACGCUUUGCACUUGACUUACGAUCGAAUAUCACAACAUAAUUUGGUAGGUCCAAACUUUCCUGGAAACUGUGAUCGGUUCUUGCUCAAAACAAUUUAAUACAAUUUCCAGGAUCCCUUCCACAACCCGUCUCACACAUUAUAUUUUUCACUUUAUGGUCCCAAAGGCCGCGAUGAAUUAGAAAUUCAAACCCGCCAACUUGCCGCCCAUCAAAAUCCAGACAUUGCAAAAAAAGCGAUUCGACUUCUCGAAACUCUUGUCAAUGUAAGUCAACUUGUUUUCUAUUUUUUAAUUCGAGUUUGUUUUCCAGGUUCCUCCAUUUCUUGCAGCUGGAAGUCAUUUGAAUCGAUUAUAA